AUGGCCGGGCUGGUAGGCUAUGAGAGCAGUGACGAAGAGACCGACGAGAUUGUGUCCCAGCCCGUUCAAGAGUCGUCCGAGCCGAUAGUCCAUGUCCCGGCCGAACCCACCACAGGCCCGGAUGUCAAACCACCGCGUGGGCCAGCUCACGCUGCGCCUCCCUCUGCUGAGCAGUCCGGCAUGAUUGGGCCCGUGCUACACCCGGCAGAAGAAUCAAAUCCCAGCUUCCCUCCCCUGGAGGAUGCACCCAUGGAGGACGAAGCACCAGCGCUGCCUCCCGGGUCGCCCUACUCAGCAAACCGCGCUCUGCUACGCAACCUCACCCUCCCAAGCGUGCCCAACAUGGACAUUCCACCCUCCCCUCCGGGGUCCCCUCCUCCCGGAACGAACAAGAAGUUCGAGCAGUUCCUCGAACUCAAGAAGAAAGGCGUGCACUUCAACUCCAAGAUUGCGCAGUCCUCGGCGCUGAAGAACCCCGGCCUCAUGGACAAGCUACUGAACUUUGCCGAGGUCGACCAGAAGGGUCAGUACAGCACGACCUUGGCACCUGAUCUGUGGGAGCCAAACGUGUUUCCCAAAGCAGCGUAUAAGGAGCAGCUGCGCCAGAGCCAGACUGAAGUUGGGAAGGCCAAGGCGAGGGCGAAAGGAGGUCCAGUUGAAUUUGUGGGAGCUAGUGGUCCAAGUAGUCGAGAUGCAACACCCAGUGUCCAGCCGCCUGCGGCCAGUACGGGAAAGCGGAAGACGAGAUUCGAUACCUGA